UCACAACCUAUUGAACAAUGGCUGGAACUAAACGUGCAGCUGAAGAGGCCGGCUCUACAGAACGCGUCUCCAAAGCGGCGAAGACGAGCAGCUCACCGAAAGGCAAAGGCAAAAAGGGUGGCGCGAAGAAAGGCGCAAAGGCUGCAAUCCCAGCAUCCGCUUUCAAAGCCAAGGCCUUGCCCCUCCAUGUGAACAUCACUCACACACCCCCAAGCAUUGUUACAACGGAGGAUGCGGAUACGGUAGCCCCAGAGGACGUUGGGCUCAUAGGGACGCUGACGCUGGUCCCAAGCACGUUCUCUACUGGUAGCUAUGGCUGGAAGGGGAGCAAGCGUAUCACCGUUGAAUUGCAGGGAUCCGAGACGGGUGAACAUGGAAAAGAGAAAGUGCAUGUCAUGCUCAAUAUCAAUGCUACUGUUAUGGGUAGUAAGCAAGCUGAAGGGGAGACUGAGGGCGCAAAAGAGCCAGAGAAGGACGAGGAAGAAACGAAAGAGGGCGAGGAGGACGAGGAGAAAGAGGAGUAGCCCUUUCAAGGGUGCGAAGUUGCUGGAUAUAUUUUCAAUUAUUAUUUUUGAUGAUUUUUUCCUGGUUGCCGCUUUCGAUCAUGUCGCGUCUGCCAAUCAACACCAAGCGAUUGCAUUUGGUAUAGUCUUCUACAAUGCAACUUGUGUUCCCUCUC